AUGGAAGUCACAAAACUCUUAUCUCUAUUUGCUAUAUACUUCAUUUUAUUGCACAACCAAAUUACCUUUGCACAACAAGGUAAUGACCUAAUCAACAAAGUAUGUGAAACUAUCCCUAACAAAGAUUUAUGUAUCCAAGUCCUUAAUUCGGACCCUUUGAGCAAAUCUGCGACAUUAACAGACCUAGCUCUGAUAUCACUAAGAGUGGCCGCGUCAAACGCGACCGGAAUACUAACUGAUGUCAAAAUUAUGAUUGAUGAUCCGGAUUUAGAACCCGAAAUUCAACAAGGUUUGUCCGAUUGUAAGGAGACAUUAUUGGACGCAGAAGGUCAACUUGAGGAUAGUGUCGCUGCAAUUUUGUCGAACACAAAAAAUGAUGUUCAAUUAUGGUUGCAAGCAGCAUUGGCUGCAAUUGAUACAUGUGAUGCUUCAAUUCCUGGUGAUGAUGAUAUUCUGUCUAAAAGAAGUGUAGCAUUUCGUGAAUUGUGCAACAUUGCUGUUGCCGUUAGUAAGAAUUUGGGCCCUGAUGAUCAGGCUGCUUAA